UACCUCAGUAUUAGUUUGGCAAUACUGCGGAAGGUCCGCUGAGUGUUAUCUGUUGGUAACACGUAACACGAGACCAUCGACAGCGUAGUUCGUAUCAAUGUUGCCAAAUCUUAUACAUCUUGCAAACUUUGCACACGCGUAAUGUGUUUUAUUAAAAUAUUUUGAACGAAAGAGUGUAUCUAAAAAAUGUUAUAAUAUUAAUAAAAACUUGGGUAUGGAUUCGACGCGGUGCACAAGCAUAGUUUGGCCAUUUUGGCGGGCGGUGCGUAUCGUAACAUAACCUGUGUUUUUCUGUUCGCCCUUGAGUUUUUGAAAAAUAAAUUACACAAGUGAUAAAAUAAAAUCUUUCUGUGUUGUAGCGAAAUAAAAGUGUAUUAUCACCAUCAUACUGUGAAUACGUAAGUAAACAAUUUAUUAAGACAAAUAAAAUGCCACGAGACUUCCCCAACCUUUCUAAGAGACAGCAGAGAAGAAUUUUAUCUAAUAAUGAAAGUUCCCCAAAUCGUAGCGCUAAAGUACUCAAAUUAAAUAGUGAAUCUGAAUUUGAAUUAAAGUCCCGUGAAUCAUUGGAAGGCGAGAAACCUCAUUUUUGUAGUGAGGCCGAUGAUGACAAUUUUAGUACUGCGGGAUGCAUUUUCGAUGUUACACCUCCAUCAUUGUUUUCCGUUCAAAGAGAAAGACCUGAAAUACAAAACCCUGAAAUACAAUACCCCAAAAUACAAAGCCCUGAAAAACGAACUUUAACGAACAGUUUGUCAGAUGAUCUUCGAAAAUGUUUUCAUGCACAUAAUAUAUCACAAAGCUGUAUUAAAGAUAUAUUAGGGAUUUUAAGACGACAUGUUGAUAACGAAUUACCUAAUGAUGCGAGAAGCCUUAUGAGAACCCCACGGUGCCUUACAAAUAUAGUUAAUAUCGGAGGUGGUCAAUGUAUACAUUUUGGUUUGGAGGAAGGUAUUAAACGUGCAAUUGUAAAAUAUAGUUGUACCAAUAGUAUAAUUUUAUUUAACAAUAAUAUAGAUGGUUUACCAAUUUCUAAAUCAUCUGGUAGUCAGUUUUGGCCCAUUUUAGGUGAUAUUGUUAAAAGACAUACUUAUACAGAACCUUUUGUAAUAGGUGUUUUCCGCGGCUUAAAAAAACCUGAAGAUUCAAAUGAAUUUUUGAAAUAUUUUGUAGAGGAAUAUUUGAGUCUAAAAAUAACUAGGCUUGUUCUACAAAACAAAUCUUACUCUAUUCAAUUAAAUUGUGUUAUAUGUGAUGCUCCAGCAAGAGCAUUUAUAUCAAAUACUAAACAUCAUUCAGGUUAUUUCGGAUGUUCUAAAUGUAUUUGCGAAGGUGAUUAUGUAGAACAUCGAGUAGUUUAUUUAUCCACUACUUCAAGUUUACGAACAAAUCAAUCUUUUCGAAAUAGAACACAGCCUGAACAUCAUCAUGGAUCAACAGUUUUGGAAUCUUUAGAUAUUGACAUGAUUAAACAAAUUCCUUUAGAUUAUAUGCAUUUGGUGUUACUAGGAGUUUCAAAACGUAUUUUAAUCUUAUGGUUGAAAGGCCCUAAAAAUGUUCGUCUAACUAAAACUCAGAUUGAACAUUUCAACCAGUUGUACCUAGAAACAAGCAAAUUUAGUGUAUCAGACUUUUCAAGAAAGCCUAGGAGUAUACAUGAAGUUGAUCGUUGGAAGGCUACUGAAUUUAGAUUUUUUUUGUUAUAUGCAGGUCCAGUUAUUUUACAGAAAAUUUUGACGAGUAAUAUUUACAAUCACUUUAUGUCUUUAGUUGUAGCAAUUCGUUUGUUAUGUGAAACAAAUCAGAGCAAUGAAAAUAUUGAUUAUGCUAAUGAGCUUUUAUUAUAUUUUGUAAAAAAGUUUGGUGAGAUAUUUGGACCCGCAUAUAUGAGCUACAAUGUUUAUAAUUUAAUACACUUGGCUGGAGAUGUAAAAGCACAUGGUGGUUUAGAUGAAUUCAGUGCAUUUAAAUAUGAGAAUUUAAUGUAUAAAAUUAAACGUAAACUCAAACAUUCAAGACUCCCACUCCAACAACUCCACAAUAGAUUAAUGGAAGGAACCUCCUUAGAAACUGACCCAAUUGAAAGCAAAUUUCCUAAAAGUAUUACCAAAAAAGGGACAAUAUUUGGCAUUGAACUACAAAAAUUUUCUGUGCUAUUAAAAGAAAAUGAAAAUUGCUGUUUACUGACUGAUGACAGAAUUGUAAUCAUUAAUAAUAUAAUCAAAGUUGAUAAUAACUUGUACUUUUCUGGCAAAUAUUAUCAGUCAAUUAUUCCAUUGUUUUGCAUUCUUUGUAAUUCUACACUUCUUAAUAUUUAUAAAGUAGAUGACGAAAAUAUAUUGCGACUUUGGAUGGUGCUAGAAAAAAAGCAGUGGAUUCUGAGUACAGCACUAGUAACGAAGAAAGUCAAAAUGCCGGGAGAGGAAGAAGAAGAAAAACUCCAGCUGCUUGAACUCGAGACAAUGUGGUGUUCGAAAAAAACUGUGUGUGGCACUGUUGAAAAACAACGAACUGAGUGGGAUAAAACGAAAAAAAUAGAGGCUACUUUCAAUACAAGCAGCUCAUCUGAUAUGAGUGGGACACCAACACCUCUUUCAUCCCCAAAACAAACUAGUCAACUAGAGGGACGAAUAAAUAAUUCUGAAGAUGUUGCUGCAGGAACAGCCACAACUUUGGAAACAUUAUAUGAGGAAAUUGGUAAUAAUUAUUUUUUUCCUAAAGAAUUAAACUAUUAUUUUGCUGUUUUAGUUAAACUACGAACAAUUUGCUUAUCAAAUAAAAAGUUUUUAAAUACCAUCUAUACCAAGGUUAAUUCUUUGGAGUUUGGGCAUCAGCCAAACAAUAACCCUCAGAGUGAAUUGAAAAAUAUUCCAAUGAAAACCCUUAAUGAAGUUCAGGAGUUUGAACUUGAGUUAAAUAAAAAAAAUAUAAAAACUUCUUUGGCCUGUUUCUUCAAAUGUUUGGGUGGAAGAGAUGGUAAAGACCAUCUAUAUAGAUGCCUUGGCCAGUUAUUUACCAAUGAGUUGGCUACACAGUGUUCAUGGUUUGGACAAAGAGGAAAUUUCAAAGUCAAAGAUUUGAAUUCAAUAAAAAUAUUAACAGAUAGUAUUAUUAUUAUUAUUCAUUCUUCAAUGUCUUACUCAGACAUAGAAAAACAUGCAUGGGAAUGGUUCAGAUUGAGCCGCCAAGGCUUAAUAGGGAAAUGAAGAAAAAAGAUUUGCAGAGCCAAUAAAUGAAGCAAAGAAAAAUUGUGAUUUUGUUUUUUUUUAAUGCCAAAACUUGUGCAAU